AUGACAUUAACUUUAUAUACUGCUCCAACGGGGAAUGGUCGUAAACCAUUAGUCUUUCUUAAAUUAUUGAGUAUUCCUCAUGAAUUACAUUUAUUUUCAUGGCCCACUAAAGAUAUUAAACAAGACUGGUAUUUAAAGUUAAAUCCCCAAGGCUUGGUUCCUACAUUAGUUGAUGGUGAAUUAAUUUUACCAGAAAGUAAUGCAAUUUUACAAUAUCUUGCUGAAACUUAUGACAAACAAGGUAAAUUUAGUUAUAAUUUACAAACUGACCCCUUGGAGUAUUGGCAACAACAAAAAUGGUUAUUUUAUCAAGCUACUCAAUUUGCUGGUACUUUGUUUAGAUUCAAUACUUAUAUUGGUAUCAAAGCUGAUGAUGGCAAAGUAUGGGAUAAUAUUUUACAAUCAUUUGCUGAUGCCUAUAAAGUUAUAGAUGAGACUCUUGCUCAGAGUGAAUGGUUUGUGGGUGAUAAAUUCACUAUAGUAGAUAUUGCCUUUGGGGUUGGUAAUCAUAGAAGAAUUGAAGUUGUUGCCCGUGUUGGAUUAGAUAAACAUUUCCAAGAUUAUGAUACUAAAUAUCCUCAUGUUGCUCAAUGGUAUAAGAAAUUUUUAGAAGUUGAAGGUGUAAAAGAAGCCCUUGCGUUAAAGUGA